GGGGUUUUCCAGACUUCAUAACACCGUUGGAAAUGGCGUCUUCUUUAGUCCGGUCGACAUGUUACACUCUUGUAAAAAGGUUCAUCCUUUUUCAGCGGGGCUUCUCCACAAAAGCGGCGUCUUCCUCGUUUUCAUCUACCGGUACUAACAACAUCCAAAGAGAAAAGGACGUUUAUGCUUACGCUGAUGAAGACUCCGUCCCGACCUCCGGAAUCAGCCGUCCGCUCUCCGAAAUACUGAAAGAACUCAACAAGAAAGUUCCAGACUCCUUUAUCAGGGUUCGUACUGAAGCUGACGGUUACCCUAUUAAAUACAUUCCCUGGCAUGUUAUUAAUAGGAUCAUGAACUUACAUGCUCCAGAAUGGUCUGGUGAGGUUAGAAGCAUGACUUAUUCGGCUGAUGGAAAUUCAGUGUCAGUUGUCUACAGAGUUACGCUUUAUGGGACUGACGCUGAGAUAUUCCGGGAAUCAACAGGCACGGUUUCAAUAGGAGAACCCGGUUUUGGUGAUGCUGUGCAGAAGGCAGAGGCAAUGGCUUUCCGUCGUGCAUGUGCUCGAUUUGGUCUCGGCCUCCACCUCUAUCAUGAAGAAAUGGCCUAGUCCAACAAAAAAGUCUUGCACGUUUGUGUGUGUUAGGGGGAGAACAUGUCUAUCCGGCUAGGAUGACAGGUCAUGUAUAAUUAAUUGCAUUCAAACCCUACUGUUUUUGUGUGAACUUGUUAAUACUUUACAUUUUGAUGUCUCUUUUGGCAUAGCUCACGUGGGUUGUGCUUGCACAUUCUAGACCUUUGAUCAGGAUUUUUUGAAAAUGUUGUAAAAAGCGUCAUCUGUCAGUCGGGAUUAAGUGAAAUCCAAUUGGAAUUAAGUGGAAAUGUUAUUAGUAGGGGUGGG